AUGCAGCAUUCACCUACUGCAGCUCAACGUCAAAACCAAACUCAAACGGGUGAGACUAUUUCUACGUCUAGAAUAUCAAGCUCUUUCAAUUCCGAAUCAGAAAAGCCUCAUGUUCAAUCCUCCGGGACUGGGUUCGUGAAGCACGAGAUGUUGCUCAUAUUCCAUCCUACACGUCUCUACCCCAAGGCAAACCAACGGCGCAUUCAUGGCAACGACAAAGACGUUAAACCCAUUAGGCGGAAUUUCCUGAAAGCGGCUGGGACCAACUUCCUGCUUCUGCAGCUGCUUUUCUUCACGCUGUUCGUGUACAUCUUUGGAGCGCUGUAUCAACAAACGGAGAGGAUACACUCACUCGACAUUCUUUUCGUCGAUUACGAUGGAGGUAGCAUUGGACAGGCUGUGAGAGACGCCUAUGGAUCUCUGAAGGGUGACGGCUAUCCUACGUUGAAAGAACGCCCAGCAACCCAAUUCGAGGUUGGGGAUUUGAGAGAAGAGGUCUGCCAGACACGAUACUGGGCAGCGCUCUACACGUCUCCCGGGGCAUCCGCCAGACUGGAAGCCGCGUUGGGAGGAACAGACGCGUCAACUUAUGAUCGUUCGGAUGUGCUUACGUACGUCUGGAAUGAGGCGCGUUACCCAGCAAUCGUAGAUUCAGCCAUUUCCGCAAAUCUCAAAAGUUUGGCAACAGCUGCUCGUGUUGUCUAUUCAACCAAUGGGACUUUUGGGUUGGUCGAUUCGACGAAUUCUGAUGCCGUUGCUAUUUUCACAGAUCCUUGGACUCUUGGGGACAUCAAUAUUCAACCAACAUCCCAGGGUUCAAGAUUAAUUUACAACACUCUUGUUAUCAUUCUGAUCCUAAUCCAAGAGUUCUUCUACCUGGGCACGAUCAAUGGACUGUAUGCCCAAUUCAAGAUCUACAAUAUGCUCUAUCCCCACCGUAUCAUCGCCUACCGAUAUGGAAUUUCGAUGGCAUACACUUUCAUCGGUUCGCUGUGUGUCGCAGGAGCAAUUUGGGCAUUCCGAGCAGGCUGGGACGUCAACGGUAAUCAGUUUGUUCUCACUUGGAUCCUCCUCUGGCUUUUUGCCCAUCUGAAUUUCCUGGCAAUGGAUCUCUUUACUGUCUGGCUGGCUGUGCAAUAUGUCCCGAUGGCCCUGAUAUCAUGGGUCAUUCUCAACGUCACAUCGAUUCUCAUGCCGUUCGAGCUUUCGAAUGGGUUCUAUCGAUGGGCAUAUGCCAUGCCAGCCCAUGAAGUCUACCAAGGUUUGCUAGACAUCUGGUCAGGAGGAUGCAAUCCAACACUACAUUAUGCUCUCCCAAUAUUGUUCGCUUGGGAAGUUCUUGGCCUGAUAUUCAGCGCCAUGGGUGUCUACAGACGGUGCCACUACGCCAUGGUAGCAGAAGAUGCACAAGCAGCAGCGCUCCGUGAAAAAGCCGAUGCAGCUUUGGCGUACGAGAAGAAGCAUGACCAAGAGCGAGACGACACAUUAGAAGCAAGAAGAACCCUUGGUACAGUACAAGAAGGGAACAGUGUCGAGGAGGUGGCGAACAUGCAACGGAUGGAGACUGCUGAAAGAGAGAAGCUCGAGGGUGCUAUCAGAGAUGAGGAUGAUAAUUUGAGGAAGGAGCAGACUAGAGCGAGUAAGGUGUGCAAUUUUGGGCCGUCGUUCGGUUUCAGCACGUAUGGGAAUCCGAAUGAUGAAUAG